AUGUCCCGAGCAUCUGUAGGUAAUUUUAUACGACGUGUCAGACCACUUACAAGACAUCAAUUACCAUCAAGAGUAGUUAGACAUCUAUCUUACACAUCAACUGACGAAGCUGAUAUAACGAGGAUCCAUGUUGCUCUAAAUCUUUUAUACCCUGGAAUUGGUGAUAAAAAAUAUCAGUCAACAACUCGAAAAGUAUUACAAAGGUUUCCCAAACAAGAGACAUCAAACGAGACUCAAAUCAACAACCCACCAAAUACUUUAUCAAUUCAAGGGAGCACAGAACUACAAACAGCAUACGAAGACUACCAGAAUGCCUUAUAUCAAUUUGGGAAACCAUAUGCUCCAGAUAAUUGGAUAGUACAGCAGAAACAGAGAAUAUCAGAAGAUAAGCUACCUGAAGUGUAUAUACCCGAUUCAACCAAAUUUUUCGAUGACUUUGAUUUUUUAUUCCCCAUAUUUUCCAAUAGUGAAUUGGUAGAUUUAUCUAUGAUCUUUGAAACUGAAGGUUCGAAAAAAGCCGAUAUUAUUCCUUCAUUUAAUGACUUGAUUGAAUUGGAUAAAUUGAAACAGUUUAUGAAAUUCAACCCUAUGCUAUUAGCUGGUGAUGAUCUGUCUUUAAGCACAGUCUAUCAAAUAUUAUUUAAUCAGCCAUAUGAAGGUAAUGAAAUUAGUCAGUAUUUGAACCAACUCAGAAAGUUGGGGAAAUCGUCAUUGGCAUAUCACCAAAUAUUGUUUGAUUCACCUAUUGACAGGUUUGCUCCACGAGCAGUAUUGAGAGCUUGUGGAUUUCCUAGAAUUAUUAAACACAAAGACAGACAAAGAUUAGUUGAAUUGAUGUUAGAUACUAAUAGUAUGAAUGUACUUUUACAAUAUUUGGGGGUUAUGUCGUUAAUAAAUGGAGGUCUCUCAAAGAAAAGUAUACAAAGUCUCCAACAGUUUGCCUAUAGAAAGCAAAUUAAAGCAGAAGGGAAAGACAAAAUAAAUUUCAAUAUAAAGGCUAGUUUAGAAAAAGCUGCAUUUGGUAAAAGAGCUAAACAUUUAGAAAUAGCUGAUCAAACUUUAAAUUCAAUAAUAUUAUCUUAUUCUCAAUUAAAUGAAAAGGAUCCAAUGGAUAUUAAGUACUCGAAGUUGAAUGAAAGAAGUAAGAUACUAUUAGGUUAUUUUAUACGUCAAGACUAUAACAUGGGUGCCAAGUUUGUUGGAGUAGAUCCUGUUUUUGAUAAAGAUACCAAGCUUAAAAUGGUCAAGUUAUUCAACAAUUCAGAUAUAAAAUUGCCAAUAAUUGCCAAUAAGACUAGACCCAUAGCAAAUCCUUAUCAGUUAACAACCCCUGUGAUUAAUAAUAAUUUGAUCAACAGAAUACUUUUACUGGAUACAGUAUGGAGUAAACUUGGACGAUCUAUUCGAGAUAAUCAAUAUGUUGGUGGUAUGAAAUAUACCCAUUUUAUCAAUUUGGCAAUUCUAAAACAUUUAUCGAAGCAAUUCAAACCACAACAAGAGAUUAUGAAAGAAAUUUUGACUAGCGAGUCUUUUAAAAUAUACCUUCAAGAUUAUUUGCAAGUAGAUAAUUUUGACAAAUUAUUCGGAUGUAUGUCAGAAGCACAGAAAUUAACAUGGACAAAUGAUUUGAUAUUGAAAUUAAUUAAAAUGAUUAAACAACUUGAUCUUGCAUCAUUAGAGAGUUUUUUCAAAGAAUUUAAAUUACAAACAUUCAAUUAUGCCUUUUCUAAAAUCAAAGUAUCGACCAACAAACUUGAUAAAUACUUGGAAAAGGUUUCUAUUGAAGAAACCGAUAAAGAGUUUGCACACAAAUUAGGAUUGAUGUUUCUCAAAUAUUCAUGUGCCAAAGAACAUAUAGACCGGGAAAAGGAUCAAUAUAUUUUUUUAAACCGUUUAAUUUUAAGAUCAAUCACUACAUCUCAAUUAAUUAAAAUUGGAAUAAUUGUUAAAGGGAAUAAUUUAGGAGAAAAUGAAAAGUUUAGUAAGAUUUUAAUAGAUUCUAUUGGUAUUACAGGAAUUGAAAAAAGAGUAUCUAAAAAAGCUUUAAAUGAUCUAUCAACAUCAGAAAAAUUUCUACAAAAACUCCCGCCAAUAUCCCUUAAUCCAAAAUCUUUGGAAAAUGUUGACGAAUCUGAAAUUGAUCCUAGUCUGAUCAUACUUCCAAGAAUUAAUUUCCGUCCAUCAGAAAAAUUGUAUUUGAUUAAUUAUUAUAUAUUUUUAGGGUUUAUGAAGAGUUUCUAUAAGAAUAUCGAAUUUCCAAAAUUGAAGUCAACUUACGAGAAUAUUUCAAAACAAGCUGAGAUAGGAGGAGCAUAUUUCAAUUACUUAAUGUUGUAUAAAUUGGGAUCAUGUAAAUAUAACGAUAUUUGUACCAACAAAAUAUUCAAAAAAGAUGUUUGUUUGGCCACAGGACUUUUACAACCAUUUGAUGGCCAAUAUGGUGAAAAAUACAAAUCCUUAAUUGAAUAUCGAUGUCGUAACGAAUAUUUAGAACUUGUCACUCUUGCCCAGAUGUUUAACCAAUACAUUGGGCUACUUUAUUUUAAUCAUCGAGAGGAACUACACAUGUAUAUAGAAAGAUUAAUGAUACUGCUAAAAAGAUUCAAGAAAGAUGAUUAG